AUGAAUGAUAAGGAUAAGACACCGGGCUUCCACUCUAAACUGGAGGACUAUAUCUACACCAUUACUGUGAGUUACAUAGACUCGAGAUUGUUUCUGGCGGAUAUGGCUGCGCGCGGUGAAGACCCUAUGGAUGAUGAGGGCUUUGAGGACGCCCUUCAAGAUGAGGUCUUGAGAGGUGAGCAGCUGGAGGUUAUAGCUCAGCUGGCGCGACUGAACUAUCAAAAGACGGCACAACAUGUGUUGGAGUUGUUCGGAGCAUGUACGGCAUCGGGGUCUGAUAUUAACGAGCAUAAACUGGCGUGGUUGGUGUAUAUCAUGGGAGCGCUUGUGGGUGGGAAUACAGGAGGUGCGGGCAGUAUGAGGGCGCAUCAGCAACAACAACAGCAAUCGAGCGGAGCCCAACCUUUGCAUGUUAUUAACGGCGAGAUUGCUGGACGGGUGUUUUCUCUGAUGAAUCAAACGGACGCUAAUACGACACUACCGCCAGAAUCUAAGGAUGGCUCUAAUUUGGAAACUCUUGAACUAUCAUAUCUUUACUUUAUGGAGCAGUUUAGAAAGGUGUAUAUUGGGGAGCAUGCACGGCAGAUGGCGAGCGCUUUUUUUCUCACAGGCACUGUGCUUGGUUUGAAGGAUGAGGAUGCUAUUCUUGGAAUUCUAAUCAAGAAGAUCGUCACCAACCUGCAACAUCGGUAUACGCUAGAGCCUGUUCUGAAAAAAACCCUGGCGUACUUCUAUGAAUUGGCAGCUGGUGUUAACAUAGUGCAUUCUGUCGACAAAAUGAGUCCGCACCUUAUCGUUAGUGGGAAGCUCCUGCUGAAGAAUGAUACGGUACGUCAUUUGAUGGCGAAUCAUGCGAGCGCGACUUUGGGGUUCCUCCAUGCUGGACCGAAAUAUGGACGAUACCGAACACAGUAUUAUGCGACUCUUGGUAAGCUAUUGUUCAUGGAGUGUCGAGACGGUACUACGAGCACGAUGGCAUUGGAGACUUUCAAUACUUUCAUGAUGCCGCAAUAUCGGGUUUUGGAGCAGCUGUGGCAAGCCGCCAACACUGGGGAUGGAUCAGCACUCCGCAGUGAGCAGCUCAGGUUGCCACUAAUUGGUUUGUGCAGAGAUUUGAGAGGAAUAUGUCAGGCUUGUGUAUCGCACGAUAUGUACACGAUUCUAUUCAACUGGUUGGUUGACAAUCCGAAGCAGCCGCAGAACUGCAAAAUAACCGUCUUUUCAGCGGCUCUCACUUUCUAUUGGGAUGAUCCGGAUGUCACCACGCCCCUCCUUAAAUUCGUGGCCGAGUUCGUGUACAACAAGGCGCAGCGUAUAAACUUUGACCAGAAUUCGCCGAAUGGAAUCCUCCUAUUCCGAGAGGCAUCGAAGAUAUUAGUGGCGUAUAGUCAGAGAAUCUUGCAACGUGAACAGAGCCAGGUGGACAUCUAUCAUGAGAAGUAUAAGGGGAUCGGAUGUGUGUUGGAACUCUUCAGCAACGCCCUACACGGCAACUAUACAAACUUUGGCGUGUUUGAGCUAUAUAAUGACAAUUCGCUGUCGAUGUCGCUGUCAUUGGCAUUGAAGUUGUGCAUGUCGAUUUCGAUAGCAGAUCUGAUGAGUUACCUCAAGUGCCUCAAACCAUUCUUCAUGUUCUUGGAAUUGGCAACGAGAAACCAUGCGAAGUUAGUUUGCGAAGUUGCUGAGUCGCCGGAGCAUCUAGCUGGACUCGUUCGGGCGUUGGAGGAAGGGCUGACGUCGUUUGACACGAGUGUUUGCAUGCAAUGCUGUGCCAGUAUUGACAACCUGUGUACGUUCUUUUAUGACAUCGCUCACACGGGAGUGGGCUCGUCGGUGGGGGGAGGUACGGCAGCUACUGCAGAGGAUGUGGCCAGAGUGACGCAUGGGCUGUUGGUGGUCGGAGGGGCUGUGGAUGGCGAGCUACGUAGGGUAUUGAAUCUGAUGUUACAAUUGAUAAUGGCGGGGGAAUUCAACUCUACAUGGAGUAUAUCGAGACCGAUAUUGGCGUUGAUAUUGAUGUACAAAGAUACGUAUUCUCAAGCUCAGGAGUUAAUUGUGAGGCAGCAGCCAACGGAAGAACGUCAACAAUAUGUGGGAAAGUGUUUCUCGGAGCUGAUGGUGGGAGUUACGGACAGCCUCCAAACGAAGAAUCGAGAUCACUUCACGCGGAAUAUGUAUCACUUCGCCCAAGCAGUGCGAUCUACUUCGUAGGAGUACUAGAAGGGUAGAGAUGACUAUGACGUUACUGUUUAACACAACUGGACUCUGGUGAUGCCUUCUAAUAUACUACUACUGCUG